CUGCGUGCUGCGUCUCUUCCCUGCUGCUGCGUCCCCUGCUGCUGCGUCCUCUUUGUUGCUUCGCUUUGCGGCUGACUGGAGAAGAACAGAGAAUGAGUGAGCGAAACAUAACCAAUAAGGCAAAACAAGAAAUGAUCAUAUUUGCGACAGAAAAUUCUUCCAGGCAGUAUCUUUUGAAGAGAGAAAUACAAGCACAGGAAAAGAGCCAAACUUGUAGAAACUUUGGGAAUUGACUCACAUGAAGAAUGGACAUUGGGUUAAUGAUGCCUCUGCUAAAUUAAAUGAUAAGGUGAAAGAAUAUGUUGCUGAACAAACUCAAGAAAUUGAAGAGGAUAUUGAUUUGGACCCGCUUGUUAAUGAUGCAUUUGUGAAAGUUGUUGGAGAAACGUCAAGUUAUUGUCGUGGUCAAGGAUUGGGAGUUAAGGCAACAAGUAGGAGAUCCAUGAAUGGAAUUCAAGAGAAACUGCAAGCACAACAAAAAGAGGUAGAAGAAGAACGUCGUAAAAGAGAGAGUGUAGAAAUCCAGCUAAAAGAAGUAAAGAUUCAGCUUGAGGAGGAGCGGAAAAAUCGAGAAGCCAUGGUGCGAGACCAAAAACUAAUGAAACAGAGCAUGAUGGCAAUAGCAUCCCAUAUUCUAAGUAAUGAGAAUGGAGUUUCCGCUGCAUUUCUCAACAUUAUUUCUAAUUUACGUUGUUCAGAUGAGGCAAGUUGCUCAAGACUUAUGGAUGACAUCACGGAUGAGCAUGAAUAAACCAACAUAGCUGGCAAUAUGGUUCAUCAAUUCACAAGUUACUGGAAGAAAAUUUCCUUUUAGGGUUGUUAUUAGAACAGAAAUUAUGACUUUGGAGAUGUUCUUGUUCUUUUGUAAGUAAAAACAUAUGUUUUAGUGGUACUUAGUUUUUGAAGGUAUGUAAAUACUUAGUGCCUCAGUUGUAUUGACUUUUGCAAAUAUAUAUCAUAUAUCAAUUUUUAUAUAUUUGUGAUGUUUUAAAAGA